AAAUAUAUUUUCACUUGAAGCAGAAACAAAGUCAUGAAUCAGAAAAACUGUAGUUUUAAUAAAACUGCAGAUUAAGAUUAAAUCCUCUAGAGGGCGCCACAUCUCCGCCUAAAGACUGAUUCAAACAGGAAAACCUGGAAAAACCAGGAAACAGUUGAUAGAGAAAAACUCACUGAGUAAACACCCUGAGGAUGAACUCUGACUCCUGCCUUCGUCUCCGACUGAAAUCAAACUAACUCUGAACAAGGAGAGCAGAGAGAGAACUGAGCAACUAGGCACUGGAACACAGACUGCUGCAGGAGGAAAAACAAGCAAAUCAAACUUCACUCUGAGACAAAAUGGCUUCCAGAUCAGACGAUGAUCUCUGCUGUCCGGUCUGUCUGGAAAUAUUUAAGGAUCCGGUUCUUCUGUCAUGCAGCCACAGCUUCUGUAAGGAGUGUCUGCAGAAACACUGGAGAGAGAAACCAGGAAGAGAGUGUCCAGUUUGUAGGAAAAGAUCAGCAUCAGAUGCUCCUCCCUGUAAUCUGGCUCUGAAGAAUCUGUGUGAGUCUUUGUUACAGCAGAGAAACCAAAAAGCUUCAGAGGGUCUCUGCUCUCUGCACUCUGAGAAACUCAAACUCUUCUGUCUGGACCAUCAGCAGCCAGUGUGUCUCGUCUGCAGAGAUUCAGAAAAACACACCAAGCACAGAUUCAGACCCAUCGAUGAAGCUGCUCAGCAACACAGGAAGAAACUUGAGGAAACUCUGGAGCCUUUAAAGGAGAAGCUGGAGCUCAGGAAGAAAGUUCAGGAGGAGUUUGAUCAGACAGCAGAACACCUGGAGGUCCAGGCCCGACACACAGAGAGGCAGAUUAGGGAGCAGUUUAAGCAGCUUCAUCAGUUUCUAGCAGAGGAAGAGGAGGCCAGGCUGGCUGCACUGAGGGAGGAAGAGGAGCAGAAGAGAGGGAUGAUGAAGGAGAAGAUGGAGGCUCUGAGCAGAGAGAUAGCAGCUCUUUCAGACACAGUCAGAGCCACAGAGGAGGAGCUGAGAGCUGCAGACGUCUCAUUCCUGCACAACUACAAGGCUGCAGUGGAAAGAGUCCAGCGCUGCCCCCUGCUGGAGGAUCCACAGCUGCCCUCAGGAGCUCUGAUAGACCAGGCCAAACAUCUGGGCAACCUGGCCUUCAACAUCUGGAGCAACAUGGAGACCAUGGUGACCUACACUCCUCUGGUUCUGGACCCAAACACGGCUGGUAAAGAACUCCAUCUGUCUGAAGAUCUGACCAAUGGGAGGAGAGGAGAGAGACAGCAGCUUCCUGGUAAUCCAGAGAGGUUUUAUGGUCCCUACGCUGUUCUGAGUUCUGAGGGUUUUAACUCAGGGAACCACAGCUGGGAUGUUGAUGUUGGAGACAGUGAAUACUGGAGACUUGGUGUGUUAGAAGAGUCUGUUCAGAGGAAGGGCGGCAUACAGUCUGGAUGGUUGGUUAUAUGGUUAUAUUCAGGUAAAUACUCAGCAGAUUCUCCACCAGCUCCUUCCUCUCGUCUCUCAGUCCAGAAGAAUCUCCAGAGGAUCAGAGUGAAUCUGGACUGGGACAGAGGAAAACUGUCCUUCUCUGAUCUGGAUACUAACACACACAUACACACCUUCACACACACCUUCACUGAUAGGAUGUUUCCAUUCUUCACCACUGAUAAAACAGUAAAGAUCGUACCGAUGAAGAUCUCAGUGAUGAAGCAGCAGCUCUGAUGAUCUCAGCAUGAAGAUCAAAGUCCAAUAAAAACUUAUUGAUCAGAUUGAAACUCUGAGUUUUAAAGAGGAAACUGGAGACGAUCUGAUCAUCUGGAAACUUCUUCAUCUGUGAUCAGAUUCAGAUUCAUCUCCAGGCUGCAGGAAGCAGCAGGGCAGCGUUAAAUCCCAUGGUUCAUAUCUCAAAUUAAGGUAGUAAAUCAGAUAAAACCGAACCUGGGUUCUGUUUAAACACUGCAGUACUGCGUGUCGCCGCUGGGUGUCGCUCUAUCUCCAUUUUAGUUUUAUUCCUGCUUGUCUAACGGAGCAGAUUAAGAUCAACUUGAUUAUCUACAGGAAGUCAAACAUUGGUUGGUUCUCAUCCGGUUUAUUGUCCUUCAUCUUUUAAAACAUCUGUAUUGUUUUGGUUUUCAUUAAACUGAAGAACAUCGAUUUGUUUCAGCCUCA